AUGCCACGCCCUCACCGCAACUACACCGAAUUCGUUCGUCUUCACCCCAACAACAUCCGCCUUCACACAGCCCGCCGUGCUAAUCAUACCAAACACCAGAACUUCAACGAACUCAAGUUCGAUCAUGUCCGCGCCGAUGAUCGCCUGCCUCAUCUCUGGCUAUACCAAGCCGCCAUAGUCGCCGCCACCCUCCUAUCCUCUAGCCCAUCCUCUACCUCAACCUCCGUCCUCCGCGACGCCUUCGACCACGGCGUCCCAAAGCCGUGGGCCAUAACCGCAAUGACCACGCCUUCCUCCUUCACCUCUGGCGGCGGCCACAACGGCUACGGCAUCGAGGCCCUCUUCGACAUCCCCUCUCCCAAGAACAACAUCUCCUCCGACGACCGGGCCGAGUUUAUCAGCGACCUCGCCGAAGCUACUCUGCGCACCUUCAACAGCAAAACCAUCUUGAACUUGCUCGACCAUCACUACGACGAAGUCAUGGAAAUCGUCGACCGGUUCGAGUACCGUCGGGGAUCGAUCUAUCAACAACCAGGCGAGUUGGCGAAGGAUGCAGAUGUGGAAGCUAUGGAGGAGGAACUCCAGGCUGUGCUGGCGAUCUCCAAGUCACGGCGUCGGCGUCGGUCUACCUCCAGCAAGCGGAACGCUUCCUCCCGGCGUCAGUCUCCCUCCCCAACCUCACGCGCAACGACUCCCUCACGCGCAACGACUCCCUCACGCGCAACGACUCCCUCACGCGCAGCAACUCCCUCCCGCUCGACCCAACGUCGCUCGGAUCGGGAGUCAAGCGCGAGAGCGCGACCGGCGUCGAGAGGUGGAGCACGACGUGCUACUCGCAGCCCCGGCAGUGACAGCAGUGGCAGUGAUGACGAGCGAGACCGUCCGAGCUCACGCGGUAGGACUCAGACGAAGUUGGCGUUAGCGGCGCUCAGGAAGCAGUUGGAGCAGCUCAAGACGGGAGUGUAG